CUGAGCUGUAGGAGAGAGAAGAGUUCAGACGCUGCUCGGAGUCGGCAGAGCAACACACAGCAAGCAAGCAAGGAAGACUAAACCACUAGAAGACGGAGUUUCACCCACAGACACCAUGCCGGCGACGGAGAAGGACCUGGCUGAGGACGCGCCGUGGAAGAAGAUCCAGCAGAACACGUUCACGCGCUGGUGCAAUGAGCACCUGAAGUGCGUGAACAAGCGGAUAGGCGACCUGCAGCUGGACCUGAAUGAUGGGCUGAGACUCAUCGCCCUGCUCGAGGUGCUCAGCCAGAAGAAAAUGUACCGGAAGUACCACGCCAGGCCCACCUUCCGCCAGAUGAAGCUCGAGAACGUUUCCGUGGCGCUCGAGUUUCUGGACCGCGAGAACAUUCGGCUCGUCUCCAUAGACAGUAAAGCAAUUGUGGAUGGAAACCUGAAGCUGAUCCUGGGUCUGGUGUGGACGCUCAUUUUGCACUACUCCAUCUCCAUGCCUGUGUGGGAGGAAGACGAGGAUGAAGAAUCCAAGAAGGCAACGCCCAAACAGAGGCUUCUGAACUGGGUCCAGAACAAAGUACCUGAUCUACCGAUCAGUAACUUCAGUGAGAACUGGAGGGAUGGCAGGGCUCUGGGAGCUUUAGUGGACAGCUGUGCACCAGGUUUGUGUCCUGACUGGGAGACGUGGGACCCUGUGAAGCCAGUUGAAAAUGCUACAGAAGCUAUGCAGCUGGCUGACGACUGGCUGGGAAUCCCUCAGGUGAUUGCUCCUGAAGAGAUCAUUGAUCCAGGUGUGGAUGAGCAGUCUGUUAUGACCUACCUGUCGCAGUUCCCCAAGGCCAAACUCAAACCUGGAGCGCCUCUCAAACCCAAACUCAAUCCCAAAAAGGCUCGUGCUUAUGGUCCAGGUAUCGAGCCAGUGGGCAACAGGGUGUUAAAGCCAGCAGUGUUCACUGUGGACACGUUCAGUGCAGGACAGGGGCAGGUCACAGUCUACAUCGAGGACCCUGAAGGCAGAAAAGAAGAGGUCAAGGCUGUUCUCAACGAAGGCAAAAAGACCUACUCUGUAACAUACAUUCCUCAAGUGAUGGGCCCUCACAAGGUGACUGUGCUGUUUGCUGGUCAGGAGAUUCCUAAGAGCCCUUUCGAAGUGAACGUGGACAAGGCUCAGGGUGACCCCACUAAGGUCACAGCCAAAGGUCUUGGGCUUGAACCAGUGGGCAACAUUGCGAACAAACCCACUUACUUUGACAUCUACACAGCAGGUGCUGGUGUGGGUGACGUGACUGCAGUGAUUAAGGACCCUCAGGGCAAUAAGAACACCGUGGAGGCCAUGAUGGAGGACAAAGGCGACAGCGUGUUCCGCUGCACAUACAGACCUGUUCAGGCUGGUCCUCACACAGUCAGCGUCAUGUUUGGGGGCAUCGCUAUUCCCAAGAGCCCUUACACAGUUGGUGUUGGUCCAGCAUCCACUCCUAGUGCUUGCAGAGCAACAGGCCGAGGCCUGCAGCCCCGAGGAGUUCGUGUACGCCAAGUGGCUGACUUCAAGGUGGACACAAGAAAUGCAGGAAGUGGCGACCUAAAGGUCACAGUAAAAGGUCCUAAAGGCCUAGAUGAGCAGGUGAAGCUGAAGGAAGCAAUGGAUGGUGUCUACGCCUAUGAGUACUAUCCAAAUGCGCAGGGCAAGUACACAGUGAGCAUCACGUGGGGUGGCCAGCACAUUCCCAAGAGUCCUUUUGAGGUUCUGGUCAGCCCUGAAGCGGGACCGCAGAAGAUCAGAGCUUGGGGCCCGGGUCUGGAGGGAGGCAUUGUGGGAAAGUCUGCUGACUUUGUGGUAGAGUCUGUUGGCACAGACGUCGGAGUGCUGGGCUUUGCCAUCGAGGGCCCGUCUCAGGCCCGGAUCGAGUGUGAGGAUCAGAAUGAUGGAUCCUGUGAUGUCAAGUAUUGGCCCACAGAGCCUGGGGAGUACGCGGUCCAUGUAAUGUGUGAUGAUGAGGACAUCGAAGAGAGUCCGUUCAUGGCUUACAUCGUUCCUGACAACAAAGCAAGCAAUCCUGACCAGGUUAAAGCCUAUGGUCCAGGCCUGGAGAAGACUGGUUGCAUAAUCAACAAGCCUGCAGAGUUCACAGUUGAGGCCAAAGAUGCUGGAAAGGGUCCCCUGAAAAUCCUUGCCCAGAAUGCUGAUGGUGAGCCUGUUGAUGUGAAGGUGAAAAGUAAAGGAGACUGCAUUUACUCCUGCUCUUACACUCCCACCUCUGCUGUCAAACACACAGUGGUGGUCACCUGGGGAGGGACCAAUGUUCCCAACAGCCCUUUCAGGGUUCAAGUUGGAAAAGGCAGUCACCCUCACAAGGUGAAAGUGUUUGGUCCGGGUGUGGAGAGAACUGGCCUGAAAGCUCAUGAGCCCACACACUUCACUGUGGAUUGUACAGAAGCUGGGGAAGGUGAUGUUAGUGUGGGUAUCAAGUGUGAUGCCAACGUGAUCAGCGAUAGGGAAGAAGACGUCGACUUUGAUAUCAUUCCCAAUGCCAACGACACCAUUACAGUGAAGUACAUUCCACCAGGAGCUGGAUGCCUCACCAUCAAAGUCCUUUUCACAGAUCAAGAAGUCCCUGCGAGUCCCUUCCGUGUCAAAGUGGACCCUUCACAUGAUGCAUCCAAAGUUAAGGCAGAGGGUCCUGGGCUUGCUCGAGCCGGUGUGGAGAGUGGAAAGCCCACUCACUUCACGGUUUACACCAAAGGAGCAGGAAAAGCGCCACUGGAUGUGCAGUUCUCUGGUCCAAACAGAGCACAGUCUGUCAAAGACUUUGAGGUCAUCGACAAUUAUGAUUACUCCUACACUGUCAAGUACACGCCAGUUCAACAGGGUGAAAUGGUGAUAAUUGUGACAUUUGGAGGUGAUCCCAUCUCUAAAAGCCCCUUUGCAGUGGGAGUGGCAGCACCGCUUGACCUUAGCAAAAUUGAAGUCGAUGGCCUGGAAAACAGAGUGGAGGUUGGUCAGGAUCAGGAAUUUGCUGUGGGCACUCAGGAAGCAGGUGGUCAGGGCAGACUGGAAGCUCGGAUUACCACGCCAACCGGCAAGUCUGUGCCGUGUGUAGUCGAACCUCAGCUUGGUAAAGGUGUCAGCCUGGUCAAAUACACCCCAAAAGAGGAAGGUGCCUAUGCUGUAGAGGUCCUCUAUGAUGGCAACCCAGUGCCUGGGAGCCCCUUCCCUGUGGAGGCUAUGUUGCCUCCUGAUCCCAGCAAAGUCAAAGCUUAUGGUCCGGGAUUGAAAGGAGGUUUGGUCGGGAGCCCUGCAGAAUUCACAAUCGACACCAAUGGAGCUGGAACAGGUGGGCUUGGCCUGACUGUAGAGGGUCCAACUGAAGCCAAAAUCGAGUGUUCGGACAACGGUGACUGCACGUGUUCUGUGUCCUACCUUCCUACUGAACCUGGGGAAUACCUUGUGAACAUCCUCUUUGAAAACGUCCACAUACCCGGAUCACCUUUCCAUGUUGACAUAGAGUACCCCUUCGAUCCCACAAAAGUGAUUGCGUCAGGUUCAGGCCUGAAGCGUGGGAAAGUGGGAGAGAUCAGUGUGCUCAACGUGGACUGCUCCAAAGCUGGGCCUGGACAGUUGGCCUGGGAGGCGGUGUCUGAUGCAGGCUCCAAGGCGAAGACUGAAGUGCUAGACAACAAAGAUGGCACUUACACAGUGACCUAUGUGCCCCUGACAGCAGGCAUGUACACACUGCUGCUCAAGUAUGGAGGGAAGACGGUCCCAAACUUUCCUGCCAAAGUGGUGGUGGAUCCAGCAGUCGACACCAGCAAGGUGAAGGUGUUUGGACCAGGAGUGGCUGGAGAAAGUGUCUUCAGGGAGGCUACCACAGACUUCACUGUUGAUGCUCGGGCAUUGACCAAAGUGGGAGGGCAGCACAUAAAGGCUCAGGUUAAGAACCCAUCCGGUGCGACUACAGACUGUGCCAUUGCUGACCAGGGUGAUGGCACCUAUAAAGUGGAGUACACGCCAUUUGAGAAUGGUGUUCAUGCUUUGGAGGUGCUCUAUGAUGAGACUCCUCUGUCCAAGAGCCCCUUCCAGGUAGCGGUGAGUGAGGGCUGUGAUCCCACUCGAGUUGUAGCUGAAGGCCCUGGGUUAGAGGAAGGGCUAACUGACAAACCUAACAAGUUCUCAAUAAUCACAAGAGGAGCUGGUAUUGGUGGCCUGGGCAUCACAGUUGAGGGCCCGUCUGAGUCAAAGAUGUCCUGCAAAGACAACAAGGAUGGUAGCUGUGAUGUGGAGUACAUUCCUUAUGCUCCUGGACCUUAUGAUGUUAACAUUACAUAUGGAGGACAGCACAUUCCAGGCAGUCCAUUCAGAGUGCCAGUAAAAGACAUUGUGGACUCCAGUAAAGUGAAGCUGUCUGGACCUGGAGUGGGUUCAGGGGUUCGUGCCAAGAUCCCUCAGACUUUCAAUGUAGACUGCAGCAAGGCUGGAAUAGCACCACUCUCUGUAGCUGUAACUGGCCCUAAAGGUGUGGCUGAACCAGUUCAAGUAAAGGAUAAUGGAGAUGGAACCCACACUGUAGCCUACACUCCUUCUGUGGAAGGACCUUACUCUGUAGCAGUCAAAUAUGCUGAAGAAGAGAUUCCACGCAGCCCGUUUAAACUGCGUGUCCUGCCCACACAUGAUGCUAGUAAGGUUCGUGCCAGUGGGCCUGGGCUGACUACAAGCCUGCCUGCUAGCCUUCCUGUGGAGUUCACCAUCGAUGCCAAGGAUGCAGGAGAGGGCCAGCUAUCAGUCGAGAUAACUGACAAAGAUGGAAAACCAAAGAUGAUCAGCGUUCAGGAUAAUCUGGAUGGGACUUACACGGUGGCCUACGUGCCGGAUAAAGUGGGCCGGUACACCAUCGUCAUCAAAUAUGGAGGUGAUGAGAUUCCGACUUCUCCGUAUAGAGUACGAGCGACUACUACAGGCGACGCAAGCAAGUGCACGGUCACUGGUCCUGGCAUCGGGCCUACCAUCGGCAUCGGAGAAGAGGUGGGCUUUGUGGUGAACACAAAAGGUGCAGGGAAAGGGAAGGUCUCGUGCAUCGUUGUCACACCUGAUGGGACUGAGGUGGAAGCAGAGGUCAUCGAGAACGAAGAUGGAACCUUCGACAUCUUCUACACCGCGCCAAAGCCAGGAACCUAUGUCAUCUACGUGCGAUUUGGUGGAGAAAAUAUCCCUCACAGUCCUUUCAAAGUCAUGGCUACUGAUGAGGCUCCUUUGCUGCAGCAGCAGUCAGUCCAGCAGAAUCAACUUGCUCCAAGUGUUGGCUUCCAGCCCUGGGUCACAGAUGGUGCCUACAUUCCAGUGAGCAGUAUGAACGGCACAGGCUUCCGGCCUUUCGACAUGGUGAUUCCCUUUACCUUAAGCAAGGGUGAAAUCACAGGUGAAGUUCACAUGCCGUCAGGCAAAACGGCUCAGCCUGAGAUCAUCGACAACAAGGAUGGGACGGUUACUGUGAAAUAUGCUCCUACAGAAGCAGGGCUUCAUGAGAUGCACAUCAAAUACAAUGGCAGCCACAUACCAGAGAGUCCUCUACAGUUCUAUGUCAACCAUGCUAAUAGUCCCAAUGUGACAGCGUAUGGACCUGGCCUUGUGUAUGGUGUCGCUAACAAACCAGCUACUUUUACCAUCUACACAGAGGAUGCUGCAGAAGGUGGCCUUGAUUUGGCUGUUGAAGGCCCGUCAAAGGCAGAGAUCGGUUGCAUUGACAACAAGGAUGGCACUUGUACAGUCACGUAUCUUCCUACACUGCCUGGAGAUUACAACAUUCUGGUGCGUUAUAAUGACAAGCACAUAGCCGGCAGCCCUUUCACUGCCAGGAUCACAGAGGACAACAAGAGGAGGUCUCAGGUGAAGCUGGGCUCAGCUGCUGACUUCGCACUGGACAUCACUGAAACGGACCUCAGUCAGCUCACAGCAAGCAUCAAAGCUCCCUCUGGCCGUGAUGAGCCUUGUCUACUCAAGAGGCAGCCUAACAACCACAUUGGUAUUUCUUUCAUUCCCCGGGAGGUCGGGGAGCACUUGGUCAGCAUUAAGAAGAACGGGCGCCAUGUUGCCAACAGCCCCAUUUCCAUCAUGGUGGUGCAAUCUGAGAUCGGAGAUGCCAGCAGGGUGAAGGUGUUUGGCCCAGGCCUGGUAGAAGGACGCACCUUCCAGAUAGCUGACUUUAUUGUGGACACGAGAGACGCUGGUGAGAAAUCAAGAAGUUCUCAAGGUUAUGGAGGACUGGCUCUGUCCAUUGAAGGCCCAAGUAAGGUGGAUAUUCAGACAGAGGACCUGGAUGAUGGCACCUGUAGCGUUGCCUACUGUCCUACAGAGCCUGGUACCUAUGUAGUGUCCAUUAGGUUUGCAGAAGAGCAUGUUCCUGGGAGUCCAUUCAGUGUGAAGGUAACAGGAGAAGGACGAGUCCGUGAGAGUAUCAGCCGUCGUCAGAGAGCUGCUUCUGUUGCCACAGUUGGAAGCGUUUGUGAUCUUAACCUGAGGAUCCCAGAGAUUGAUGCCCAUGACCUCUCCGCUCAAGUCACCAGCCCUUCAGGCAGUACUGAACCUGCAGAGAUUGUAGCAGUGGGAAACCACACCUACUGCGUGCGCUUUGUUCCACAUGAGAUGGGCGUGCACACAGUGAGCGUGAAAUACCGUGGGCAGCAUGUGCCAGGCAGCCCCUUCCAGUUUACUGUGGGGCCUCUGGGAGAAGGAGGGGCCCAGAAAGUCCAGGCAGGAGGCCCUGGGCUGGAGAGGGCAGAGAUCGGUGUACCAGCGGAGUUCAGUAUCUGGACGCGUGAGGCAGGUGCUGGAGGCCUGUCCAUCGCCGUGGAGGGCCCCAGCCGUGCAGAAAUCUCCUUCGAAGACAGGAAGGACGGCUCAUGUGGCGUUUCUUAUGUGGCUCAGGAACCUGGUGAUUACGAGGUGUCUGUCAAGUUCAACGACCAGCACAUCCCCGAAAGCCCCUACCUGGUGCCCGUGUGUGCACCCCCACACGAUGCCCGACGCCUCACUGUUUCCAGUCUUCAGGAGUCGGGCCUCAAGGUAAACCAGCCAGCUUCGUUCGCUGUGCGUCUGAACGGUGCUCAAGGCACCAUCGAUGCCAAAGUGCAUAGUCCCUCCGGAGCUCUCGAGGACUGUGUGGUUUCUGAAGUGGACCAAGACAAGUACGCUAUUCGUUUUAUCCCACGAGAGAACGGCGUCCACACUAUUGAUGUGAAGUUUAAUGGCACGCAUAUCCCAGGCAGCCCGUUCCAGGUGAGAGUUGGGGAGCCAGGACAGGGCGGAGAUGCCGGGCUGGUCACUGCUUAUGGUGCUGGACUUGAGAGAGGAACUACAGGCAGCCAAUCAGAGUUCAUAAUCAACACCAGCAAAGCAGGACCAGGCUCCCUGGCAGUGACCGUUGAAGGACCUUCGAAAGUGAAGCUCGAGUGCUUGGAGUGUCCCGAAGGCUUUAGAGUGCACUACACACCAAUGGCUCCUGGAAAUUAUCUGAUCAGCAUCAAAUAUGGUGGCCCUAAUCACAUCCCAGGCAGUCCUUUCAAAGCCAAAGUCACAGGCUCCCGGCUUGUGAACGUGACCAACGCCAGUGAGACCUCCACACUGAUGGUGGAUUCCCCAGUCAGGGCGAUCAGUGCCAACUCCUCAAAUGCCAUGCCAAGGAUUGUCUCAGAUGCCAGCAAAGUGACCAGUCGGGGCCCAGGUCUCAGCAAGGCCUAUGUGGGCCAGAAAGCCAGCUUCUCUGUGGACUGCAGCAAAGCAGGUAAGAACAUGCUUCUGGUAGGAGUUCUUGGACCUCAGACUCCAUGCGAGGAGAUCAUGGUGAAACACGUGGGCAGCAUGCAGUACAACGUCAGCUACAUCCUGAAGGAGCGUGGAAACUAUGUUCUGGCGGUGAAGUGGGGUGAGGAACACAUCCCAGGCUCACCGUUUCAGAUCACUGUGCCUUAAAUCUAAUGCAAGUAAGCCAUCGGAGCAAUAGAAAAUGGCCAAACCAUCAAACACUUAAUUAUCGAUGACAAACUUGCACUUGCUUUUGUAUUUUGUACAUGGGAUGUGUGGACUGUUGUGCUUAAGUUGCAAAUCCUGUGACUUUUUUGGUCUUUACCACUGAGUUUCCCAACAACUUCCAGGGGCACAAAACCAGAUUUGCAAACAGACGUUGGAUUCAGGUGUCAGUUUGAAGUCUGUUCCUUUUGAAGUCUUGACUACUGAUGCUGUUUUGUCUGACUCCUGUAUUUUUCAAUUCGUCUUUUUUUUUUUUUAAUAUUCUUGUACCUGCUGCGUUACCUGGACUACUGCGAUUGUUUACAUGUUCCGAAUCAAAUGAGGCUCUACAGUUUGAGUUAUCAAUUGAACCACUUCAACAGACUUUCCAUUCUCCUUUUGUCUGUACCUCACUCGAUUAGAGCAUAGAUGCAGCAUUUGUAUCCAAACUGUUCAGAUUAGUUCAAUAUCUGGGGAAGAUGUGAACACUCAAAUGAUCAGAAAGCACACGAAUGUCUAGUCCAUCUCUUUCCCUGUUCUUUUAGUCAAUUUUUUACCAAGCAUUUAAACUAUGUACACUUUCCCCUAGAACAUGCAGUAUUGUCUGGUUUUCAUGGAGAUUGGAGAGAAUUCACUUCCGAACAGUGACAGAUUUACAGAGAUCUUUUCAUGUAUACUGGUAUUUGUCAGUCUUAUCUAGCAGUUUUGAUAAGGUAAUAGUUUUUUUUUUCUUAAUAUUUUUAAAGCAAAAAGGGCUAUGCUAUUAUUGUAUUCAUAGUCCAGGGUGCCUUAAUGUGAAAUGAUGUACAUUUUAAAAACUGAAACUGGAAUAAAGAUUGAAAUAAAGGUGUAAAACUGA